ACGGCGUUCAGCCACAGGAAGUGGCGCUUCGUCAACACGUCUGGACGCGGCUUUGACUGACACAAACAGGACCAGACCAGACUCUGCUGGUUUUGGUCUCAGACUGCAGAAUGGAUCAGUGUGAGGACAGAGAGGAGGGAGCCCCUCCCCAAAAGACCACCGACAGGAGCCCCCCAGGACCUGGACCCGACAGUCCUUCCAAAGCUCAGAGGAUCCACCACAGACCAGAGUCCUCUGGACCUGAUCCUGGACCUGGAUCCAGCUGUGUGUCCUUCAGGAGUGACCGGUCCAGGACGGAACCACCACUUUUUUCCACAGAGACAGUGGAGCAGCAGAGCUCAGAGGUUCCAACUGGUCUACAGGAUCAGACUCAGCUGGACUCCAUAUUUAAGCUGCUGGAGGAGAACAUCUGCACUUUUGUCAAGAAUGAACUGAAGAAGUUCCAGCAGGUUCUGAGUCCAGAUUACCCAGAAUGCUUAGAGAGUCUGAGUGAUGAGGAUGAAGAGCAGAGGAGGAGCUCCGAGGCUUUUCUGCAGAUCACACUGAACUUCCUGAGGAGGCUGAAGCAGGAGGAGCUGGCUGAGCGUCUGCGCCACAGAAGUCAGUCUGGAGUUCAGCAGCAGAAACUGAAACGUAACCUGAAGCAGAAGUUUAAGUGUGUGUUUGAGGGCAUCGCUAAAGCAGGAAACCCCAAAACCCUCCUGAACCAGAUCUACACAGAGCUCUACAUCACAGAGGGAGGGGCUACAGAGGUCAACCAGGACCAUGAGGUCAGACAGAUUGAAAGAGCAUCCAGGACCCCACACAGACCACUGACAACCAUCACAUGUGAAGACAUCUUUAAAACACCAGCUGACAGACAUCAGCCAAUCAGAACAGUGCUGACAAAGGGCGUGGCCGGCAUCGGGAAAACAGUGUCCACACAGAAGUUCAGUCUGGACUGGGCUGAAGACAAAGCCAACCAGGACAUCCACUUCAUAUUUCCAUUCACCUUCAGAGAGCUGAAUGUGCUGAAACAUAAGAAGUUCAGCUUGGUGGAACUGGUUCAGUACUUCUUCACUGAAACCACAGAAGCAGGAAUCUGGAUCUUUGCAGACCUCCAGGUGGUGUUCAUCUUAGACGGUCUGGAUGAGUGUCGACCUCCUCUGGACUUCAACAACACUCAGAUCCUGACUGAUGUGACAGAGUCCAGCUCAGUGGAUGUGCUGCUGAUGAACCUCAUCAGGGGGAACCUGCUUCCCUCUGCUCGCCUCUGGAUAACCACACGACCUGCAGCAGCCAAUCAGAUCCCUGCUCAGUGGGUGGACAUGGUGACAGAGGUCAGAGGGUUCAAGGACCCACAGAAGGAGGAGUACUUCAGGAAGAAGUUCACAGAUGAAGAACAGACCAACACAAUCAUCUCCCACAUCCAGAGGUCCCGAAGUGUCCACAUCAUGUGUCACAUCCCAGUCUUCUGCUGGAUCACUGCUACAGUUCUGGAGGACAUGUUGGAGACCACAGACAGAAGACAACUGCCCAAGACCCUGACUGAGAUGUACAUCCACUUCCUGGUGGUUCAGGCCAAACUGACGAACGUCAAGUAUGAUGGAAGAUCUGGGACAGAUCCACCCUGGAGUCCAGAGACCAGGAAGAUGAUUGGGUCUCUGGGAAAACUGGCCUUUGAGCAGCUGAAGAAAGGAAACCUGAUCUUCUAUGAAUCCGACCUGACAGAGUGUGGCAUCGAUAUCAGCUCAGCCUCAGUGUACUCAGGAGUGUUCACACAGGUCUUCAAAGAGGAGAGAGGACUGUACCAGGACAAGAGGUUCUGCUUCAUCCAUCUGAGUGUCCAGGAGUUUCUGGCUGCUCUUCAUGUCCAUCAGACCUUCACCAACACUGGAGUCAAUCUGCUGUCAGGACAAACAUCUGUUUGGUCGAAACUAUCCAUGGACAAAUCUGUCCAGUUGUACCAGACCGCUGUGGACCAGGCCUUACAGAGUCCAAAUGGACACCUGGACCUGUUUCUCCGCUUCCUCGUGGGUCUAUCACUGAAGACCAAUCAGAGUCUCCUACAAAGUCUGGUGAAACCAAGAGGAAGCAGCUCAAAGACCAACCAGAAAACUGUUGAGUACAUCAAGAAGAAGAUCAGUGAGAAUGUGUCUGCAGAGAGAAGCGUCAACCUGUUCCACUGUCUGAAUGAACUGGAGGAUGGAUCUCUGGUGGAUCAGAUCCAACAGUACCUGAGAUCAGGACGUCUGUCCACAGAACAACUGUCUCCUGCUCAGUGGUCAGCUCUGGCCUUCAUCUUACUGUCAUCAGAAAAAGACCUGGAUGUGUUUGACCUGAAGGAAUACUGUGGUUCAGAGGAGGUUCUUCUGAGGCUGCUGCCAGUGGUCAAAGCCUCCAACAAAGCUCUACUCAGUGGCUGUAACCUGUCAGACAGAAGCUGUGAAGCUCUGUCCUCAGUUCUCAGAUCCCAGUCCUCUAGUCUGACACAUCUGGAGCUAAGCAACAAUGACCUGAAGGAUUCAGGAGUGAAGAUCCUGUCAGAUGGACUGAAGAGUCCAGGAUGCAGACUGGACACUCUCAGAUUGUCAGGAUGUCUGAUCACAGAGGAAGGAUGUUCUUCUCUGGUCUCAGCCCUCCAGUCCAAUCCGUCCCAUCUCAGACUGCUAGACCUGAGCUACAACCAUCCAGGAGCCUCAGGACAGGAGCUGUGUGCUCUAGUGGAGGAUCCACACUGGAGACUGGACACUGUCAGGUUGGAUCCUGCUGGAGUCCGAUGGUUGAAACCAGGUCCAAGGAAGUAUUUCUGUGAACUCACCCUGGAUCCAAACACAGCGAACAGAGAACUGAAACUGUCUGAAAACAACAAGAAGGUGGAACGAGUGAAGCAGGUUCAGACCUAUCCUGAUCAUCCGGACAGAUUUGAGUGUAGGCCUCAGCUGAUGUGUUCAACUGGUCUGACUGGUCGCUGUUACUGGGAGGUCCAGUGGAGUGGAAACAUUCAGAUAGCAGUGACUUACAGAGGACUCAGAAGGAAAGGAGGCAGUGAUGACUGUGUGUUUGGAGUAACUGAUCAGUCCUGGAGUCUGGACCGUUAUAGAGGUGGAUUCAGGGUCUGGCAUAAAAACGAAUACACACCCCUCCCUCAGUCCUCCUCUUCCUCCUCCUCCUCCUCUGGUACAGUCUCAGUGUAUGUGGACUGUCCUGCUGGAUCUGUGUCCUUCUACAGAGUCUGCUCUGACAAACUGAUCCACCUGUACACCUUCAGAACCACAUUCACUGAACCACUGUUUGGAGGAUUUACACUGUGGGGAACAGGAUCCACAGUGUGUUUGUGUGGUGUGUAGUUGUGUUGUGUGGUUGUGUAGUUGUGUUGUGUGGUUGUGUAGUUGUGUUGUGUGUGAACAGUCAAAUACGAUACAAAUUAAAUCAAAUCUGUCUCUCUCCACUGUUGUGAAUCUGUCUUUUUGUCUCUGUCAGUGAUUCACACAGGUACAAAUCCCACAAUGCAUCUGUACAUGUUUUGGAAUUUCCCGGGCCUCUAAAUGAGACGAUAGAUUAGCAUUAGCGGCCAAGCUAACGGCGCUAACGCCCAUUUUGUCAGUUUCCCGAGCUCUGCUGUACAGUAGUGACCCCAUGUAUCCCACAAUGCAUCAGUGUGAGUUGUGGUUGGUGCCAGUGCUGUUGUGGGUUCAGUAACUGUGGGUUGAGUGGAAAUCCAGUGGUUUGGAGCUAAAUGUGUGUUGGAUUAGUGGAGCUGGAGCCUGGUUGGAAAUGUUGUGGUGUUUGUUGGACCAGUGUUGGAGGCAGUAACACUCACACAUCCAUGGACAC